ACCAAUACUUUUAACCCGACAAAGCACUUCCUAUUCAGCUGGCAAAUCGCCCCUGCUGUAGAAUGAACUUUCCCGACUGCGCUUCGACCGGUAGCAUAGGUUGUGGACAAGAGGGUCGCAAAGCAGAAAGCAUGUGUUCGCUUCCGAAACCCGCGAACAUAGACAACAACCGUGAUGCUGAGGGUGAAAUCCUACAGAAAUUGGCCGAGUUGGUUCGGCAGGGCCUGGAGGUGGUGAGGAGGAGAGUGAGCGAGGAGGCAGAGGAGGUUCUAAGAUCCACGAAGACAGAAGAACCAGUUGUGGGUAAGAACCGAGCAGGGGAGACUACCACCCAAGCCACACUCCAGGAACGCGCCAAAAGAGGAAGAGAGAGUGAAGCCCGAGGAGAACGAGGACUCAUCAAACGCACGAGAGAAGAGGAAGCUCACACCGACGAAGAGGACGAAGCGAAGCCCCUCGUCCUCUCAUCCUCCGGGCACGCCUCGUCACCUACGGGAAGGCGUUCUCGAGAGGAAAACGGCUUCAAGGAUGACGAAGGAACAACUGACAGGACUCGACCGGGGGCUUCGAAUUCUUACCCGAGUCAUUUCACCGAGGACAUGCUCCCGGUCGGCGUGGAGGAGGAGGUGGUGGGGGGAUGGGUGAGGGGGACGAUCGCCAGGUUGCUAAGUUUUGUGGGAUUUCCCUUCGACGCCGGGAGGCAGCGGUCUCGGCGAAUGCGCUCCUGGAUUAUACGUGGCAGAAGCUGAAUACAGGCCAUUGGCAAGAUGUCCCGAUAACUUGGCGCCUUGUUUUCACCUGGGGAAGCAUCGCAGUCGUACACAUUCUCCUGGCGGAUCUGCAGUUGUCCCUCAGCGGCGGCGCCAACACCACGCAAGCCCAUUUUUCGUCAGCGGCCGAGAUUGUGCGGGCGUGCGACCGCGGCCUCCUUAUGGGUGCUCCAGUGGGCGACAAUCCCCUCCACAAGGUGGCCUCCCUCUUCAACUCCCACGCCCGACUGUCUGCGACGAUGGCCGACCUCCCGGCGGAGGCCCUCCCCGUCGCCCAGCAAGACAAGGCCACAGUCCACUUCCCUCUUCCUUCCGGGCGCUGUCCUCCUCUGGAUCGUUUCCUCUUGAACUACAUGAACAAAUCCGUCCCUGUCAAACUCCUGGGCAUUGUAGACCACUGGCCAGCCCUCAAGAUGUGGCGGAUCCCUUACCUGAGAGAAUUAGCGGGUGCCCGCACAGUCCCAGUGGAGGUGGGUGCCCGCUACACGGACUCUACGUGGUCGCAGACGCUCCUCACCCUGGACGAGUACCUGACUCGCUACGUGAGCCAGCCCGCUGCUGGUGCGCCCACAGGUUACCUGGCGCAGCAUCAGUUGCUGGACCAAAUACCAGAGCUUCGUGACGACCUCCUGGUACCAGACUACUGCCACCUGGGGGAGGAGGAGCCGCGCCUCCACGCAUGGCUAGGGCCUCGGGGCACCGUGAGUCCCUUGCAUCACGACCCAGAUCACAACAUCCUUGUUCAGGUAUUAGGGUACAAGUACAUCCGCCUGUACGCCGAGGACCAGAGCCCUCUCUGUAUCCCACCCAGACCCCUGCUGAGCAACACGUCGCAGGCGGAGAUCGAAGGCCCACAGGCAGACUGGCCGCUCCUCCAGCAGGCACAGUACCAUGACUUGAUCCUGGCACCCGGGGAGUCUCUCUACAUCCCUCCUCGCUACUGGCACUAUGUCAGGUCCCUCUCGACCUCCUUCUCAGUCUCCUUCUGGUGGCGAUGAAGGUCUGCUCCUCCUCAAGGCUAAUAUGGCCAAGGUCUUUCAGGCCAGUGACUGGUGGCGCCGGUGCUCAGCCACGUUCUGGAGCCAGGAGUUCUGGCUUCCGGCCGGCCUCACCUGGGACGACAUCCACACCUCCUUGUACGACAUCCUCUUCAUCCCGCUGCUCGUCGGACUUUUCUU